AAAAAAUAGAAACAGAAGUCAGUUGAAGCUUAUAACUAGCUGUCCUACUAUUAGUCUAUUACUACUCACUUUGUGUUCAGCGUCUCUUACUCCCUUCAUUCUUCUUCUUCUUCUUCUUCUCAACUACCUGGAAGUUUCUCUCUUUCUCAUUCUGUAGUGGAUUCAGAAGAAUAUCAAAGUUAUUUGGGGUACAUCUUGGGGAGAAGCAUAAUCAAUUCGUUGGGGCUUCUAAUUUGAGUUCACUGAAGAACUAAAGUUUACAUAUAUUUGAUUCUCCAAAAUUGUUAGACGUGUGAUGGUAAUUCUACAUACACGAAAAGAAGCCAUAUGAUGACCACAGCUGCAGUCAUCGGGCUUAGUGCGGGGAAGAGGCUUUUGAGUUCCUCCUACUAUUACUCUGAUCUCACAGACAAGCUCUCAUAUGUUAAUGAUCAUGCACUUGCUCACAAUCAAAUCACUUCAACUAAGAAAGUGAUAAGUUCCAAAAAGUCAUCUAAUUAUAGCCCCAGUACUUUUACAUCAUCUAAUCAGCAAACACAGUCUAUCAAGGCUGUCAAAGAACAUGUGAAUAUUACCUCUUCUCCUUCAGCUGAAGAGCCAUGGGUUCAGAGACACACUAGCCUUGAAGAGGAAAGUUCUGAUCUCAAUUAUUCAGUGGAGGCACUUCUUUUGUUGCAAAAGUCUAUGCUGGAAAAGCAAUGGAAUCUUUCUUUUGAGCGGACAGUACUAACUGACUCACCAAGAGGAAGAAUUCUCAAGAAAAUACCCGUCACUUGUUCUGGGGUAUCUGCUCGGCAAAGGAGAAUGACAACAAGGAAGAAAAAUCUGAACAAAAAUGGUUAUAUGAUGCAACCUUGUACAACCAAGCAGAUGAGAUCCAUGAUCAGUCCAGAGCUGCUUCAGAAUCGUUCAAAGGGUUAUGUCAAUGGUGUAUUAAGCGAAUAUUCACUCACUCAUUCAGAUGUUGUAUGCCUGUCAAAGAAAAUUAAAACUGGUAUCUCCUUAGAGGAGCACAAAUUGAGACUGAAGGAGAGGUUAGGAUGUGAGCCUUCUGAUGACCAACUUGCAACUGCAUUGAGGAUUCCUCGUGCUGAGUUACAGUCAAAACUGAUUGAGUGUACUUUAGCAAGAGAGAAGCUGGCAAUGGGUAACAUUCGUCUGGUCAUGUCUAUUGCUCAAAGAUAUGAAAACAUGGGUGCUGAAAUGGCUGACCUGGUUCAGGGUGGUUUGAUUGGACUACUGCGUGGAAUUGAGAAAUUUGAUUCUUCAAAAGGGUACAAAAUUUCAACUUAUGUCUAUUGGUGGAUACGUCAGGGUGUUUCACGAGCAUUAGUUGAUAAUUCCAGAACCUUGAGAUUGCCUACUCAUUUGCAUGAAAGGUUGGGUUUAAUCAAGAAUGCAAAAAUUAAACUUCAAGAGAAAGGAAUAACUCCUUCAAUUGAUAGAAUUGCAGAAUGCCUGAACAUGUCAAAAAAGAAAGUCAAGAAUGCCACAGAGGCAAUCAGUAAGGUCUUCUCUCUUGAUAGGGAAGUGUUUCCAUCUUUGAACGGACUUCCAGGAAAAACUCAUCAUAGUUACAUUGCAGAUAAUUGCCUUGAGAACAACCCAUGGCAUGGAGUAGAUGAGUGGGCGCUGAAGGAUGAAGUAAACAAGCUCAUCAAUAUGACCCUUGGGGAACGGGAAAGGGAGAUUAUACGUCUUUAUCAUGGUCUGGAUAAUGAAUGUCUUACCUGGGAGGAUAUUAGUAAACGCAUAGGUUUGUCCAGAGAAAGAGUCAGGCAAGUUGGGCUUGUUGCCCUAGAAAAACUAAAACACGCCGCAAGGAUGAGGGAGAUGGAGGCUAUGCUGGUGAAAUACUAAUUUGCUGCAUUUCAUCAAAGACCCCAUGAUUGUAUAUAUACAGAAAAGAAAACUGUAUCUUCAAUUUGUUUUGCUAAUCAAAAAUAGUUAUAGAAGAUUAUGUCAGGGUUUAUGACCCUAACUUUCUGUAACAAGAAUUAAAGAAAACACUGAUUAAGAGCCUGUAAGUUGGAGCGGAAUUUUUUUCAUGUAUCAUAUGUUGGGAGGGACAGAAUCUCUUAUGUGAA